AUGCCGCGUCACCGUGUGCCGCUGCGAGAGCGGAGUGAGGCCUCUUCCUUUCUUGUACGUACAGCAAGCGCGGCGUCCAUAGCCAACAGGAACAGCAGCAAGCGCCGGUGGAGCACAGCUGACGUGCCGCCUCUUGAUGUUACUAGUCGGGAGGUCGGCGAUGAUAGUGAUGCCAUCGCUGCCACGCCUGUCACAAGCGCCGGAGUAUUUGUGACGCCCAACGUCGUUCUUGCUGCUCUAUCGACAAGCGAGUGGCUCAUGUGCUCAGGGGACCGUCACGACAGCCUCUCGACGCUGCAGUCAUCCGGUGCACCGUUCCCGUGUGUUGUCAUCACCGCCGAGGUGGGGGGCUGGCUGCGUGUGCGGGAACAGCGCAAUGGCGCCAUUCGUUACCAGCGACGCCUGCGGUCCCUCAGCGACCCCUCUUGCCUCUGCUGGGGUUCACCCUCCUUGUGUGGGGGCAGUAUUAACGGCGGCCCCAUCUUUUUCGCUGGGCAGCAGUGCGGGCUUGUAACGGUGCUUCAACUCCGUGGUGAGACCAUUGUGGAGGUGGCGGACUGCGUCCUCCAUGAGGUUCCGAUUGUGGCGCUGACGCGUGUGUUUGUGCGUGAUGGCGCAAGUCAUAUAGUCUCAGCUGGGGUGGCUGAAGAACAGAACGAAGAGGUGUUGGCGACACUAGACGCAGGGGGUCUGCUUGCCGUGUGGGACACGGCGGCACUCCACUGUCUGAGCACUGCACAGCUGCGGCAGACGCCUGCGCGGUGCCUGCUGUCUGACGGCUGUGUGCCAGGUUGCGUUUUUGUCCCUGGCGGGGUUUCCACGGCGCCGCCGCCCCCCCGCGGCGAUGAUAGCCACUGCCACAGUAUCGACGACAACCUCAGCAGCAGGAGCGGCCAAGAUGGCGCUUUCGAUAUUGUGCUGACGCGGUGCCCGGUGGGGGCGGGUGCGCCAUGGAAGGCGGUUGUGGCGUACAGCGGCGCGGAGGCAGCUGUCAUCUCCAUGGUG